CAACCAUAUAUGACAAGACCCAAGACCCCCCAAACAAAUGAAACAUAACCUCAAACAAAAAACGUCCAUCACACACACAGCUGAUGAAAUGUAAAUAUAAAUUUUUAAAUUAAUAAAAAGCAAUUAAAUUAGUAUCCAAUCUUCUGGCAACAAGUAAGAACCAAUUAUUAAACAAUUUCGAAUAACUAUGGCAAGUUUACAUAUAAAAUCAUUGUUUCUGAACAUGGGCAAAACUGUCCCCAAAAAUUUUGAGCGCUUCAACAGCAGCACAGCCCGAAAGCUGCUCUACACCGAAUACGGUGACCCCCUCGAAGUAGUAAAACUAGUACCAGCUGAGCUAAAAGAACCCCAAUCAGACGAAGUACUAAUCCAGCUAAUAGCAGCUCCAGUUAAUCCUGCUGACAUAAACACCAUCCAAGGAAAGUACCCUUCGAAGCCCCCUUUGCCAGCAGUACCAGGCAAUGAAGGCGUAGGCAAAAUAAUUCGGGUUGGAGCAAAUGCCAGCAAAGAAUUCGCAGAGGGGGACCGAGUAAUACCCCUAAGCUCAAAUUUGGGCACUUGGCAGACUCAUUUACUACUGCCCAAAGAUUGCGUAUUGAAAUUACCCAGAAAAGUGCAAACAGCUCAGGCUGCCACUUUAACAGUAAAUCCUUGCACCGCUUUUAGGAUGCUCAGAGAUUUUGCUGACUUACAACCAGGCGACACUGUUAUACAAAAUGGGGCUAAUUCUGCUUGUGGCCAGAAUGUAAUACAAAUUUGCAGAGCUUGGGGCCUGCGUAGCGUCAACAUUGUCAGAAAUAGGCCCAAUAUAUCCGAACUAAAACAGUAUCUCAUUAAAUUGGGUGCCAAUUAUGUGCUAACUGAAGAGGAACUACGCACAAAUGAUUUGUUUAAGAGUGGCCUGUUACAUAAGCCCAAAUUAGCAUUGAACUGUGUGGGCGGUAAAAAUGCUCUGGAAUGUUUGAGGCAUUUAGAUAAUGGCAGUACAAUGGUUACAUAUGGAGGCAUGUCGCGAGAGCCUUUAAGUAUUCCCACAGCUGCUUUGAUAUUCAAGGAUUUGAAAUUUAAAGGUUUUUGGAUGACCAGAUGGACUAAGGACAAUUUUAAUAGUGUGGAUAGAUUCGAAAUGCUUUCGGAAUUGAUAUCAAUGAUGACUAGUAAUGAGUUGGAAGCUCCGGCUCACAUGAUGAUUAAGUUUGAUGAUUACAAGGAGGCUUUGAAGAAUACUUUGAAUAUGCAAGGGAUGAUUGGGAAAAAGUUUAUUUUGGAUUUUGAAUAAAUAUUAUUUCUUGCUGUUAGCGAAUUAUUGGUUUAGGUAUAAUACAAUUAUAAUUUAGUUUUGAUUGUUCAAAUCUUAUUGUCGAAAAAGAAAUAUGUGUUUGUAUUUUGUAUUUUCGAUAGUCAGAAUAAAUUCUUCCAAACAA